UCGGGUCCGCUGUCUAGUUGCUCUUUCCAGGCAUGGCUCCGCGCUGUUGGCGCUGGUGGCCCUGGUCGGCAUGGCCUCGGACCCGGCCGCCUCCUUCCGAGAGCACCCAGAGCUUCCGCCAGCAGUUCUCCACACAGGAGCAGACCCCCCAGAUCUGUGUGGUGGGCAGUGGCCCAGCUGGCUUUUACACCGCCCAACACCUGCUAAAGCACCACUCUCAGGCCCACGUGGACAUCUACGAGAAGCAGCUGGUGCCCUUCGGCCUGGUGCGCUUUGGCGUGGCGCCCGACCACCCCGAGGUGAAGAAUGUCAUCAACACUUUUACCCGGACGGCCCACUCUGACCGCUGUGCCUUCCACGGCAACGUGGUGGUGGGCAGGGAUGUGACCGUGCAGGAGCUGCGGGACGCCUACCACGCCGUGGUGCUGAGCUACGGGGCGGAGGACCAUCAGGGCCUGGAGAUCCCCGGAGAGGAGCUGCCGGGCGUGCUCUCAGCCCGGGCCUUUGUGGGCUGGUACAAUGGGCUUCCUGAGAACCGGGAGCUGGCGCUGGAUCUGAGCUGUGACACGGCCGUGGUUCUGGGGCAGGGGAAUGUGGCUCUGGAUGUGGCCCGGAUCCUGCUGACGCCACCUGAGCACCUGGAGAAAACGGAUAUCACGGAGGCUGCCCUGGCGGCACUGAGACAGAGUCAGGUGAAGACGGUGUGGAUAGUGGGCCGACGUGGACCCCUGCAAGUGGCCUUCACCAUUAAGGAGCUUCGGGAGAUGAUUCAGUUACCAGGAACUCGGCCCAUUUUGGAUCCUGCGGAUUUCUUGGGCCUUCAGGACAGAAUCAAGGAGGCCCCUCGCCCGAGGAAGCGGCUGAUGGAACUACUGCUUCGAGCAGCCACGGAGGAGCCAGGGCUGGCGGAGGCUGCCCGCUGGGCAUCGGCCUCCCGCGCCUGGGGCCUCCGCUUUUUCCGAAGCCCUCAGCAGGUGCUGCCCUCGCCAGGUGGGCGGCGAGCGGCAGGCAUUCGCCUGGCAGUCACCAGACUGGAGGGUGUUGGUGAGGCCACCCGGGCAGUGCCCACUGGAGACGUGGAGGACCUCCCCUGUGGGCUGGUGCUGAGCAGCAUUGGGUAUAAGAGCCGCCCCAUCGACCACAGUGUGCCCUUUGACCCCAAACUCGGGGUCAUCCCCAAUAUGGAGGGCCGGGUUGUGGAUGUACCAGGCCUCUACUGCAGCGGCUGGGUGAAGCGGGGGCCCACAGGUGUCAUCACCACUACCAUGACUGACAGCUUCGUCACCGGCCAGAUUCUGCUGCAGGACCUGAAAGCGGGGCUGCUGCCGUCUGGCCCCAGGCCUGGCUAUGCGGCCAUCAAGGCCCUGCUCGGCAGCCGAGGGGUCUGGCCUGUUUCUUUCUCGGACUGGGAGAAGCUGGAUGCUGAGGAGGUGUCCCGGGGCCAGGGUGCGGGGAAGCCCAGGGAGAAGCUGCUGGAUCCUCAGGAGAUGCUGCGGCUGCUGGGACGCUGAGACCAGAUCCCAGGCAGGCACAGAGGGGAGGAGUGCUGUGCGGGGGAGAGGGAUCGGGGUCAGUCUGAGCAGGACUCUGCACCACAGCUGCAUCGCCUGGCCGUCCUGGCAUGGGGCCUUGGCUGCUCCUUUUCCAGGGGCCUCUGAGCAUUUCCUCAUGCCAGAAAGUCGCUCUUGUCACUGUGGGUAACUCUCAGCAAGGAGAUAACCUUAGUUAGGGAUGGGUGCAGGUGUAGGCUGACCUCCCUCCCUCCUGCCUAUCUCCUGCUGGACUUUGGAGGGUCACCAGGUCAGAAAUAUGCUGGAAAUAAAACACCUGCAACCGAGG